AUGAUAUCUGAAGACGAUUUUAACACCCUGAUCAACAAGCCACAACGAAACUUAGAGCACAUCGCUUCGAGCAUAGGCCACGUGCGCAACGCCAUUGAGAAAUCGUCUCCACCGGCAGCCUCGGAAGACGCGUUAGACGGCGCUAAGGACGAUAGCGACGGCGAGGGGGAGGGCAUUCAGGUGCUUCAGCCAGAGCCGAACCCUCCCGAGGAAGCGGAGGUCAAACGCCAAAUAUAUAGAGAAAUACCCAACGCUUAUGUAAAAAUAGAGGAACUUAACUCAUCGCCGAACUCAAAAGGAGACCCAGAUGUGAACCCAGGGACAUCAGUCGAGGAGUCAUAA